AAAAUGCAAACUGCAAUCGAGCCACAAUGACUUUUCUCUAUAAAGCCAUACGUGUUUGCCAGCCGCUUAGUUCACCGGUGAUACGGCGUUUUGAAAUUACACAUAAAAUACGCCCACUUUAUCAUUGUUAUUCCAUAUCUCAUCAAGAGCUGACGGAAAAGAUGCCUACCGAGAAAACGUUGCCACAAAUAUUUAAAUAUGUUGAUGAAAACACGGAAUCUUAUAAGAAGUUACUGAAAGAGGCUGUAGCAAUUCCGUCUGUGUCUUGUGAUGCAAAAUAUCGGGAUGAUUGUGUUCGUAUGGUUCAAUGGACUCAAGAAAAGUUGAGAGAAGUUGGUGCCAGCACCGAGCUUCGCGAUAUUGGUUUCCAAAACAUCGAUGGUAAAGAAAUUAAAUUACCGCCCGUUCUUGUUGGGACUUUGGGAAAUGACCCCAAGAAGAACACAAUCUGUAUAUAUGGACAUUUGGAUGUACAACCUGCCUUAAAAGCUGAUGGAUGGGAUUCUGAGCCUUUUGAACUAGUUGAGAGAAAUGGAAAGCUUUAUGGGCGUGGUUCUACAGAUGAUAAAGGUCCAGUUCUGGGAUGGCUGCAUGCUAUUAAUGCUAUCAAGGGUGUCGGAGAAGAGCUUCCAGUAAACCUAAAGUUUGUAUUCGAAUGUAUGGAAGAAUCUGGUUCGGAAGGUCUUGAUGAGUUGCUUAUGGACAAGCUGAAGCCCGAAGGUUUCUUUGAUUCCGUGGACUAUGUGUGCAUAUCUGAUAAUUAUUGGCUUGGCACCACAAAACCAUGCAUUACAUAUGGUCUACGUGGAAUCAGUUAUUACUUUUUGGAAGUUGAGUGUGCGAAGAUGGAUUUACACAGUGGUGUCUAUGGUGGAACAGUUCACGAAGCGAUGUCUGACUUGAUAUACCUGAUGAACACAUUGGUGGACAAGGAUGGAAAAAUUUUGAUAACCGACGUCUACAAGUCUGUGGCACCAUUGACAGACACUGAAAUGAAGUUGUAUGACACGAUCGACUUUGAUCCGGAAGCGUACAGGAAAGCCAUUGAGGCCUACAAAUUACCACACAAUGGUGUGAAGGAACAACUCUUGAUGCACAGGUGGAGAUAUCCAAGUCUAUCUCUUCAUGGAAUUGAGGGUGCCGCCUUCCAGCCUGGUGGUAAAACCGUAAUACCAGGCAAGGUUAUUGGAAAGUUUUCCAUUCGUCUGGUACCUGAUCAAGAGCCUGCUGUCAUUGAGAAGUUGGUCUUCGACUACGUUCAUAAGAAGUGGGCUGAACGCGGCUCCCCGAACAAGAUGCGCAUCUGGGCGCAGAGUGGUCGCGCAUGGACUGAGAACCCGGAUCAUCCCCAUUAUCAGGCAGCGGCCAGGGCUACCAAACUCAUUUACCAGACUGAUCCCGACAUGUCCAGGGAGGGUGGUUCCAUUCCCGUAACAAUAACGCUGCAAGAGGCGAGCGGAAAGAACGUGCUGCUGUUGCCCAUGGGCGCUGGAGAUGACAUGGCGCAUUCGCAGAACGAGAAGUUAAACGUUCGCAAUUAUAUUGAGGGCAUUAAAUUGUUCGCUGCAUACCUUUACGAAGUGGGAAAGUUGGCAAAGUAGAUUGUUAACAUUGAAAUGUUUUUAAACAUUCCAAAUGAUUUUGGUGCCUUAUUUUAUAUAAACUACAAUAACUGAACAUACCAAACCAUAUAUUAUUUUCUAAAAUAAAAAAACUAAUUUUCAUAUAACCGUCUCUUUCUGUCAAAUGAUGUUUACGAUGUCAUGAAAAGAGAUAGUCGUUUAGUAUGGACUGAUUUAGUUUUUCUUUCAUAUAACCAGUGGAUAUCUUUCGUCUCUUUCUGACAAAUGAUGUUUAUGAUGAUGAAAAGAGAUAGUCGUUUAGUAUGGACUGUAUUAGUUGUUAUAAGGAGUGUUAGUCAGUUAUUGUAGUUGUAACAGAAUGUUGUAUUCGCAUAAUAAUUUUACUAAUCAAUGCAUAAUAAAUAUAUUGUUGUA